UAUCAUGGACCAUAAAAAGGAAUAUUUACUUAACUUCAAAGGCUAUAAUUUUGAAAGAUCUUUAGUUAAAAUGAACAUAGUGGAAAAUAUGGAUGAUUAUGAAAUUAGAGAUGAUGAUGUCUUCCUAGUCACGUUUCCAAAAUCUGGUACCAUCUGGACUCAACAGAUCCUCAGCUCGAUUUAUUUUGAGGGCCACCGAAACAGUACUGAAGAUAUCCAAACCACGGACAGAACGCCAUUCUUUGAGUACAAUCUUCAUAAUUUGGACUUUGCCAAAAUGCCAUCACCACGCAUCUUUACUUCCCACCUCCCAUAUUAUUUAGUACCAAAAGGUCUCAAGAACAAGAAAAUCAAAAUUCUUUAUAUCUACAGAAAUCCUAAAGAUAUUUUGAACUCCUAUUUUCAUUUUUCAAAUUUGAUGACUAACCUUGAAGCUGCAAGUUCUAUGGAAAAUUUCCUGCAAAUGUUUCUAGAUGGAAGAGUGGUAGGAAGCUGUUGGUUUGACCACAUCAAAGGCUGGUAUGAACACAGACAUGACUUCAAUAUUAUGUUCCUGAGCUAUGAAGAUAUGAAGAAGGACCUCAGAAGCUCAGUGCUUAAAAUCUGCAGUUUUCUGGAGAAAACACUGAGUGAUGAGGAUGUGGAUGCUGUUGUGAGACAAUCUACAUUUCAGAACAUGAAAUCUGACCCACGAGCAAAUUAUGAAGAUAUUAUAAAAAAUGAAAUUGGGACAAGAAAUGAAGAGGGAAAAUUCCUCCGCAAAGGUACCAUUGGAGACUGGAAACAUCAUUUGACUGUGGAGCAGAAUGAAAGAUUUGACAGAAUAUUCUACAAGAACAUGAAAAACAUUCCCUUAAAGUUCAUCUGGGAUAUAAAUGAGGAGUAGAAUUUUAAUUACCAUGUGAAUUAAUCAUAUAAAAAUGUACUAGCCGGAGGCCAUAUUUUAACAUUAAAAUUAAUUAAUUUUGCUCACUUAACUAUUAAUCAUAAAGCACAAUUCAUGAGCAAAAUGAUUAACUUGUG